AAAAGACGCCCGGCGAACGAGAGAGCUCGAACGACAACCCCCUUUCUUCACGUUUCUUCUCCUCUUUCAAGCUCAAAACAGGUUCAAAUGGCUCCAAAGGGGAAGUCCGUUAGCACCGAUGCUGGGCCGAGCAAUCCCAAGCGGGCAAGGAACAACAAGGCACCUGCGGCCUCCUCCACCAUCUUGCCUUCUAGCCGGUUUGUCAACACCAAGUGCUAUGAACGGUACUUGGAAUCUAGGGACAACGAUUUCGUUGUUGAGAAGACGGUGUCACAACCUAUUGACCACGAGUACCGGCUCACCGAGGCCUUCGCUAAUAUCGAUUGGGAGCAGUUGCUACAUCUUGAAGGCACCUUCUACCCGGAGCUCGUCAAGGAAUUUUUCGCAAAUAUCGAAGGAAAUAGCCCCCGAAAGAUGAUUGAGAGCCGGGUCAAAGGGGUAAAAAUCACUAUCACAAAUGACCUAUUGAGAUCUCAGUUUCGCAUCGCCAACCACGGCAUCCCUUUCGCCCCUUCCCAAGCCGGAGCAAUGAAUAGCGACGUUGGCUACAACCCCUUGGAUGCGAUGCAAUAUUUCGGCUUGCAAGGACACGAGCUUAUGACCAAGAACCUUGGUCAACCACACAUCCGGGCCCGGCUUUUGAUGUACCUCUACUCAUUCAACGUCAUGCCGAGAGCAAGUGGCUACAACAAAAUUCGAAACGCCGACCUCUACUUCGCGUAUAGGAUGCUUGCCGGGCUUGGACGUUGUGAGGGGAUUCCUCUAUCAAGCAUCAUCAUCAAACAAUUGUGGAGCGCGGCUUUGAGCAACAACCAAGAUAAGGCCUUCAUUUUCCCUAUUCUACUUUCUAACAUUUUUGAGCAUUUUGGUGUUAGCUUUAGAGGGGAAGAAGAACGGGAGACACAUGCCGUGCUUGAUGAUAGUGUCAUGAUACACCUUCGCUAUUUCCAACCGCCGCACGGAGGACCAUGGAGGUGCGUGGAGAGAUUCCAUAGAGUCGUGCCCGAAGAAAAUGAAGAAGAGAUGAUGGAAGGAGGAGAAGCCCAAGGUGGAGAGCCCGAGGAGCACCAUGAGGAGGCGGCUCACGUACCUCAAGCCGGAACUCAUUACGACAUGGACUAUUUGACCGAACAAUUUGGUCAAAUUCAUACGGAGCUUGCGGUUCAUCGACGGGAUUUGCGGGACCAACGGCGGGCUAUUGAAGGCAUGGGGAGUCAUCUUUGGAACAUGAACUACUACUGCCAAGAGUUAGGGCGGCACUUCAGCAUUCCACCACCGCCACCUUAUGACCCGCACUUUUAUUUCCCUCCCCAAGGAGAUGGAAAUGAAGGGGAUGAGUAGGUUAUGAAAAGGGAAGUGUACUAAAAAUACUAAACUUGAACCACCUUUUCUUUGUUUUUCUUUAAACUCCUUGUGCUACUUUUGUGCCUAUUAUGUGUUGUUUGAUUGCUUAUUUUCUUGCUUUGCAUUUAAUUACUCUUGUGCUUCACAUUGGGACAAUGUGG